CCCCGCUUCUCUGUCAUGGUUGACGGUCAGCGUUAAUGUCCUCCCCGGACUGUCUAUGAACCGGGAGACGUAUAUCGGAUCCACCUUGGCCCUAGACUGAUUACGCCUCCAACCGGUGGAGAUACCAUGUAUUUCACCUCCAACCAGUCAGCUCGAAUGCUCUGUUGUCGCACCUUACCCCGCUGCCUACCCGUAGCAGGUCGCGUCUCACGCGCCAUGUCCUCCAUCGCCUCGCUAUCCCUCGACUCUCCCUCCCUCGACCAGGAAUCUGCCCUCUUUGACCAGCGAGUCUCCGAAAUGGAAGCCUUCUUCGCCCAGCCCCGGUUUGCCAAUAUCAAGAGGCCGUAUACCGCUGCUUCGGUAGCGUCCAAGCAGGGGUCUUUGCCGGUAGUACCCAUUCCAUCGUCACUCUUGGCAGACAAGCUCUAUGCCGUCCUGUCUCGGGCUGCGGAUGCCAGGAAACCCGUACAUACCAUGGGCGCUAUCGACCCUGUUCAGAUGACCCAAAUGGCUCGGUAUCAGGAGAUUGUCUAUGUCUCUGGUUGGGCGGCGUCGAGUGUCUUGACGACGGGGAAUAAUGAAGUGGGGCCUGACCUUGGCGACUAUCCAUAUACCACGGUACCGAACCAGGUGCAUCGUAUUUUCCGUGCACAACAGUUACAUGAUAAAAAGCAUUAUGACGAGCGCAUGUCCGCGACGCCCGAAGCGAGGGCAAAGAUGGAAUACAUCGAUUACCUCCGUCCCAUAGUCGCUGAUGCUGAUACGGGACAUGGCGGCUUAUCGGCGGUCAUGAAACUCACUAAGCUCUUUGCGGAAUCGGGUGCAGCGGGUAUUCACCUAGAGGACCAAUUGCAUGGCGGGAAAAAGUGUGGCCAUCUCGGAGGAAAAGUCCUCGUACCGACAUCGAUUCAUGUCUCGCGCCUCAUUUCAGCCCGGUUUCAGUUGGAUCUUAUGAAAUCCACCAUGCUCCUCAUCGCUCGUACGGAUUCUGAAUCAGGAAAACUCUUGUCCUCAGAUAUCGAUGUCGCGGACCAUGAGUAUCUUUUGGGUACCACUACUGAGGACAGCAAGUCUUUGGCGCAGGUUCUCGCUCAGGCUGAGGCGUCUGGCGCAUCUGGCCCUGAGAUUGACAAUCUUGAACAGCAGUGGACUCGGGACCAUGUCAUGUGUACUUUCAACCAAGCCGUCGAGAAGGCCAUCAACGAAUCAGUCAUCGAGGACAAGACAUCCGCCUAUCAGUCGUAUCUAAUCGCAGUGGAAGGAAAGUCGACCAAUGAGGCACGCGAUAUUGCCAAAGAUAUUCUAGGCAAGGCCGUCUUCUGGGACUCUGAACUGCCAAGAACAAGGGAAGGGUAUUACCAUUUCACGGGAGGUGUCGAGGCAGCUAUAAAGCGAUCGAUGACUUUUGCUUCGUAUGCGGACCUGAUCUGGCUGGAGACCAAGACACCCGAUCUCGAACAGGCACGAUACUUCGCUCGGAAAAUCCGUGAAAAGUAUCCUGGAAAAUGGUUCGUCUACAACUUGAGCCCGAGUUUCAACUGGUCGGCUCAUGGUUUCUCAGAUGCUGAUCUCAAAAACUUUGUUUGGGAACUCGCAAAGGAAGGAUUUGUGCUUCAGUUGAUCUCUUUGGCUGGACUUCACAGUGGCGCUGUAAUAACAGCUGAGCUCGCUGCCCGUUACAAGGAAGAUGGCAUGUUGGCAUACGUGGAACUUAUUCAGCGCAAAGAAAAGGAAAUUGGCUGUGACGUCCUGACACACCAGAAGUGGAGCGGCGCCAAUUACAUAGACCGUAUUCUCCAGACUGUCUCAUCCGGAUCUUCCAGUACCUCAUCGACAGGAAAAGAUUCAACCGAGCACUCUUUUUAAUCGAGUAAUGUCUUUCUCGUCCCCGAAACUGACAUGUGUAUGACUAUGAGUGAUUUGUUGUGUCUUGUAUCAAUAUUGAGUAGAAUUCAAUGAAUACAUCGCGCUCCCGCUUGCGGACAGUUUUCGACUCACCGUCC